CUAAAAUAACCAGCCUCCAUCGAUCAGAUCCGCAGCCUCCAAAAAACCCCUCCACAUCUGUUCGCACUUCUACAUCGAUCGUCCAAAAAAAACCCUCCAAUACUCCGUCGACCGUCCGCCCUUCCCAGCUGCAGCCUCCGAACGCCGACCCUCCCAGCCGCAGCUGCAGCCGUCUCACGCCCUCCCUCCUAGCCCUACAUCUGAAAUUCCUCUCGGCAUAGUCAGCAAUCAUGACAGCAUCAGUGUGCUCGUGAGACUCAGAUCCAAAUUGGGAAGAUGAGAUUGUUGGGCUUUUGGCCGGUGAGCAAAACUCAGUUACCUUAGCUGUAAGCGAUUUCUGUACUACUAGACCAGAAGAAGAUUGAGGGACGACACAAAUCUUUGGGUUAAACUUUUGAGACCAGAAAUGUUAGUGAGUGCUCAAUCCUUGAUCUAUUCCAUUAACUUGAAAUGAGGCUUUCAUACUAUGAGAUCAGAAGAAGAUUGACGGAAGGCAUGAGACCAGAGAAAGAUUCAUGCGGCCACAACUGAUUUAUUCAUUUACCCAUUAACAUAAAUCAUAAUGUUUGCUAAAAACGAAAUCAAUUUUCUUUUCUUUCAUACUUGAAUUGAAUGACUGACACAGACCUCACAAAUGUAGCCGCUGAACGCAUCUCCUCCAGUAGCGGCUGAACGCCGCCCAACUCCGCUCCCUCCUAGUACACUCCUUUGCCCACUCAGUGGCUCAAUAGAGAUGAAUCGAAGCUGGAUGUACGGUAAACGGAACACAUUGGAAUUUAUGAAUGGGGUAGCUGAGUUUUGCAAAUGUUGUUUAGAAUACAGAGCGUUGACCGGUUAUGAUGAGUUAUAUUGUCCUUGUGUUGAUUGUGCCAACAUAUAUUCAUUCCGGUCAAUAGAGACAAUCAGAGAACAUUUAAUUUGCCGUGGAUUUAGGCAAGAAUACUAUGUAUGGGUGUGGCAUGGCGAGAAAGGAGGGUAUACAGAAGAUCAAACCAAAGUCAAUGAGAUGACCAAUAUCACAAUCGAGAAUCUUUCUGAUGUGGAGGGUGAGAAUAAUGAGGAGACUGAAACUGAAAGUGAAGGUGAAGGUAACGAUGAAGAUGAUAUUGAAGAUAAUGAUGAGAGUGACAACGUAGAUCAAAUCAAUGAGAUGAUGGGUGAAGUAAAAGAUCACUUUAGUGGCGACCACGUAUAUUUGAAAGUUUGUCACAAGCAGCAGAAAAACCAUUAUAUCACGGGUGUACAAAAUACACAAAGCUUUCUGCCGUGAUAACACUUUAUAAUGUGAAAGCCAAGAACAAUUGGAGCGACACAAGUUUCACAUCCUUACUGGAAGUAUUACAUGACAUGCUUCCUGAUGGAAAUGAAAUGCCAAAGUCAAAUUAUUAUGCGAAGAAGUCAUUAAAUUCAAAUGAUUAAUAUAUUAUACAUGUCUAUACUUUAAAGAUUUUCUAAUGUUAGUGUUAUAUGUUAAUGCCUACAUUUUUUAGAUGGUGUUUUUUAGAUGCAUAGGGAGAGAGUUCAUGCAACAACUGGUCUUCUCUACCUUAUAUAUUUUCUUGCUUUUUCUUUAUUCAGUGUUUUAGAAUCUCUAAACAACUGGUCUUCUCUACCUUAUUACUUUAUUAGUAAUACAUGUGCAUUAAAUGUAGACCGCGGAUACUAUUCAGUAGAGACUGUUACGCUUUUAGUUGCUUUGAAGGUCUGCUACAGAGAUAGAAUCACAAUUCUUAGGGGAAGUCACGAGAGCAGGCAAAUAACCCAAGUGCAUUGUAUACAUAAUGGCUGAUGAUGAGGAUGAUUUUGUUAUUGAAGAGGAAGGUGAGGAGGAAGUUGAAGAAGAUGCUAUGUCGCGGCGCAUUGCUGAUUUUGAAGAAGAGGCUGAUCUUAGAGGAGAUCUGGAGGAGGCAGGGUAUUCAUUGGAAGAGAUCGAGAAACACUUGGAGAAAAGAAGAAGAAAAAGGAAGGAUGACAGUAAGAAGUCUGGGAGGGGGGCAUUUAAAGGGCUAAAAGUAACGGAACCCAUGUUUCUACAAUUUGACUCAUUUGGUCGUGCCUCGGGUAAAUGGAGACUAAAAUUUGGACAACAUGUUGGCUUAUGUUCUCGCAAAUUGAACAUCAAUUCGAGGUGGUCAGACGUAUCUAAUGGCUUGAAAGAUACUCUUUGGGAAGACACUAGGAAUUUGUUUCAUCUUCCGGACGAUCCUGCUAUUAAGAAUCUUUUUUAUCCACGGUGGCAUGUCGCUUUAGAGAUUUCAAAGCAAAAUUAGUUUCAGGAUGGAUCACAUGUGUUAGAAAGCGAACGAAACAGGAAGAUGGAAAACUUCCACCACAAAUCUGGCGUCACAUUAGUUCAGAUAUUUGGGAAGAGUUUAAGAGGCAGAAGAUGACCCCAGAAGCUGAGGACAUGAGGAAAAAAGCAUCAGAGAGUGCUUCACAAAACCAACAUCAUCAUCAUAUGGGGCAAAGGAAUUAUGAAGACAGCAGAGCAAUUUGGAUCGAUGAAGGCUUCUAUCCUAAUGCUUGCACAGAUUCUUCAUCGAUUGGUUCAAGUUCUACACAAUUUAAUAGAGGUGAUGAUUGGUACUGUGCAAUGCAUGCUCGUGAUAAGGAGGGAAAUCGAGUUAUUCCAGAUAAGUGUACACAAGAAGUAGCUGAGAAAUAUGUUGAGUAUAAGAACAAACAGAAUUUGGGUGAAUUUGUUCCUCAACGCAAUAGAGAUGCUUUGUAUUAUGCUCGUGGAGAGAAGGCAGAUCAUUCUGGCCGUGCUAUUGGAUAUGGCGGCAUUAAUGUUGGAUACUCAAAAGCUUUUGGCAAAAGAACUUGUGGAUCACAGUACAGUGACUGUUCAUCACAGAACAUUGAGUCCAUGAAGUCCUCAAUAAGGGAACAGCUUAGAGAAGAGAUGAAUGAAACAAUGAAACUGAACAUGAUUCAAAUCUUGAACGAAAUGGGUAUUACAGGUUUUAACUUUUCUAGUGGUGCCUCUAUUUCAACGCCAACGACAUCAACAAAUCACGCGCCACAUCCAUUUCCAAGUGAUGAAGCACAGGGCCCAAGAGUAUGUCGUUUAUUUUUAAAUGAUCUUGGAACUGAACAAUUGGUUGAGGUGGGUGGUGGCACAGCAUUUCCAUCUAUACCUGGAGUGAUGUGUCAUCAUUUACCAAUUAUGGAAGGUCAUUUAAAAGUAAGUUUAGACACAAUUUUGGAUGAGCAUGUGAGUGCCCCACUUCCUGUACCUGUUCCGAGUGUGAAUCUGUUUACUCUAGGUGACGCUCAAGGCACUUUUGUGCAAUGGCCACUUGUUUGGGUGAAAUUUAUAAGUGAGGCGACAAGUUUUAAAUCAUCAAAGGGAAAGAAGAAAAUGGAUGUCCAUAAAAAACCAGCCAAACAACGAUCUCUAGUGUCUGAACAGGUUCUAUUGUCCCUUAGCAGAGAUUGCAAAUGGAUGCACUCUAUUUUAGCAUCCCGAUCUAGCGAUGGUCCCAUUGUUGUUACAUUAGAUGCUAGAAUGUUCCAUUACGAAUCUGAUGAUGGUAAUGCAUAUCUUACUACUGAGGACAUCAGUCAGUUUCUAUCUGGUGCCAUGCUUAAUAUUGCCAUUAUUCAAGUAUUUGUGAUAGCAAUGCAGGAUUAUCUACAGGGUUUGGAUACACAUGCACGACUUGGAUGGAUGUGUCCUGAUUCAAUUUGUGCGACUACAUGUCAAAAUAAUCCUGAAGAUGUGAAAGUUUACAUACACCGAGCCAUCACUGAAUCUCGGAAUACGGGCAUAGAUAUUCUUGUUGCUCCUUAUUAUGAAGCUUAUCAUUGGGUGUUGCUUGUGGUUUGGAUCUCACGCGGCAUAAUUUUUAUGUAUGAUUCGCUCCGGACUAGCCCGAUGCGUCGCUUAUUAAUCAUGCCAUUGUUCAGCAGUGUUUUUAGAAAUAUUUGUGGUGGUGGACAAGUGAAAAAGAUAACUUGGAAACAGAUGAAGUGCGCAAAACAAACGGGUGGUUUGGAAUGUGGAUUUUAUAUAAUGAGAUUCAUGUUUGAUGUUGUUAAAAGUAUCGCUGAAGGUCACGAUCUGGAUCAGGUGUACACGAGCAACGUAAGAGAUGAUGCGCUGUCAAUGGCAGAAAUCGGUGAAAUCCGUGAUAUGUGGGCUAUAUUUGUUUCUGACAAUUUCUUGUAAACUCUUGUAUGAAUCAUGUAUUUUAACAAUAUACAUUUUUGUUGCUUCAGAUGUUAUUGACAUUGUAAUGUGCUUUUUUGGUGGUCUAAAACUUGUAUUGUAAUGAUUGAGAACUUGGAUGGUUAGAAAUACAGGUUUCCUGGUGAUCUAAAAUUUGUUAUUGUGAAUUUAGAGCAAAUAAUUAUUAAAUAGGGCAG